CCCAGGACGAUUAUCUGGUCAGACCAGAUGGUCCAGUUAAAAUACCUGAUAUGGCAGCGCCCUGUUUCGCUGUUUAUUGUAUAUGAGUGGGAUCUAUGUUGCUGCUGUUUCAGGAUGUUGCUGUGUGCCUGCGUGAUACUCUUGGUGGCCUCAGAUCUGGGCUUCUGUUUGGAUGAAGCCGACCUAGACGCCCAGUUCGAACAGUGGAAGAACAUCUAUGAAUAUGAAUAUGAUGAUGAUGAUGAUGAUGAUGAUGAAGAGCACCUGAAGGAGAUCUUGAAGGAGAUCAUGCAUACGAUUGAAGUCCACAACCGAGAAGCAGAACAGGGCAAACACUCCUACAAACUGGGGAUGAACCACCUCGUAGACACGCUUUGUCUCACCUGUCUCUGUAAUGUAAAGGUUUACAAUAACAAUUGCUCACUGGCGGCGUUACCCAGAUCUAUCGACUACCGUGAGAAAAGCAUGGUGACUCCAGUCAAAGACCAGGGAUCAUGUAGCUCCUGUUGGGCAUUCAGUGCUGUGGGGGCUCUCGAGGGACAGUUGGCCAAGACGACGGGCCAACUGCUGAGCCUCAGUCCUCAGAACCUGCUGGACUGUGACCGUCAGAGUGAUGGCUGUGAAGGAGGACAAAUGACCGAGGCCUUUGAGUAUGUUGAAGAGAAUGGAGGCAUUAACUCUGAGGAGGACUACCCGUACAUGGGAGAGACCCAGCAUUGCCGCAACAAACCAUCAGCCUUUGCAGCCCAAGUCAAAGGCUUUGAGGAGAUUCCAGAGGGGGACGAAUGUGCCCUGGCUCAAGCCCUGUAUCACGUGGGUCCCCUGUCUGUGGCCAUCGACACCAACCAUAUAAAGUUCCAGCUAUACAAGAGUGGUGUUUACUACAACCCAGAAAAUAAGAAAGACCUCUUGGAUCACGCCAUGCUGUUAGUGGGCUAUGGAGAGACCGCAGAGGGGGUGAAAUACUGGAUUGUGAAGAACAGCUAUGGGACGGAUUGGGGCGAGGAGGGUUACAUCCGGAUUGCACGUGACCAUGGCAACCACUGUGGUAUUGCCAGCGAGGCCAGCUACCCGGUCCUGUGAAAGGGGAAAUGGACGGAUAAAGAGGAAAAUGAAGGAGGUGAAAAAUAACUAAAAAAGAGAAGUGAUGAACCUGCCUGCGACACACUUGUUGUUCAACGCCCAAUUGUGACUUUUGAA